AUGGAAGACGUCUGGGAUUUUGAUACUAUUGAUAUUGAAGUAGAUAAGGAUUUGAAGAAGCAAACCAAGAGAUGCAAUGAUGCGUUCUUGAACAACUUGUGUCCCGACAUAGCUGGUGAAGAAGGUGAUGACUUUGCAAUCCCUGAAACUGAACAUAUCGACGACAAUGUUGACUUAAAUGAAGAUGAUGUGGUGGAGAAUGAAGAUCAUUUUGACUUAAUGCGAGAAGGAAGUGGGUCUGAUGAAGUAUAUGGGUCUGAUGAAGAAGUAUCAAGUGAAAAUGACCAAGAUUCUAAGCUUGAGUUUGAGUACAACACCCAUGAUCCAAAGGUUAAAUGGAACAAGAUGAGACCGCUUCUGGGAGAGAGGUAUGAAUCACCCCAUCAACUAAAGUUAUGUUUAACUAACCAUGCUAUUUAUAUUGGUUAUAAGAUAAAGUUCAAGAAAUGUGACAGUGUUAGGCUAGUUGCUGUAUGUGUUAGUGAUUCACAAAAAUUUCAAUGUCCAUUUAAUGUUAGGGCUUCGUAG